CAAAGGAUAAAGGCUGCUAUAAGCAAUCGCUUACAAUUGGAUAGUAAGCUGCAACAGCUAAAGGAGCUACCGAAAAAUCCUGCAGUUCAAGGUGCUGCUGCUGUAUUAGUUGCCCUGGGAUUAUUAUCAUGGUUACACAUACGUCCCUUGGGUCUAUUCUUUUUAUUGAUUUUCGGUUUUUGGUUUUAUAAGACCCGCCUGAAUAUACGCAUACAGACCCCGCCAGAAUUGCAAAAGCAUCUACAACAAAUCGAACAACGUCUAUUGGAGUGGCGUCAAACGAGACCAGUCAUGUUCAGUGCUGUGGCAAGCGGUGCCUUAGGUGCUCUGGCCGUUGUUGGCCAUUUGGUGACGGGUUCAAUGGCUGUGCUGGCUGGCCUAAUUGUUGCCGUUGUCAUAUCGACCAAAUAUAAUUUCAAAAUAAUGAAAAUUGAACCUAGUGAACUCACAGAUUGGACCGAAAAGGUAUAUCCUGAAACCGAAAUGGAUGAUGAAUUUAUGCCCGAAGUAAAUGAGACCAAUAUGUUCCUUUUGGAAAGAGCCAGUGAUUUAGCCUCAUUUACCUCGCCUACAGAAGAUUUGGAAAAUGACGAAGACAAAAGCGACGAAGUACCCUCGGAGUUGUUAAUACCCGACUCGAUACCAGAAAUUGAUGAAAAUUCCACAGACGAGGACCAGGAUGAUCUUAUGCCAAUUGUAAAGUCAACCCAUUUAAGAGAAGAAACACCGGUGCCAAGCUCCUCCUCUGCCAUCGCCACCAGCACAGUUAAAUAUACCCAAUCGGGUGAUGCUAUUGAAUUUAAAAAAGGUCACUUUAAACGUGACUCAUCACUGUCGACCACAUCAUCCUCGUCGGAGGAGAGUCUGUCAAAGGGACUGCAGUUUCCCGAUCACACAACAGUAGUAGAUAGUAGUAGUAGUGCCAGAAAAUCACAAUCUUCCUCUACUGGCCACAAUCAAGAGGUCAACGACAUUAUGACGUUGGCUGUGAAAGCACAAACUCAAGCUUUAUUCAGUAAUAGUUCGAAAUUAAUACCCACCCUGGUAUCGGGUUUGGUGCAAAAUGUCUUAGGUAGCACAGCUGGUACAGCGGGUGGUCCAAUGGUAAUACCUCCCAAACGGGUUUUAUCGACAAAUUUAGAAUCAUCGGAUGAAAGUGAUUUUGAAAUUUUGGAAGAUGAAGAUUUCCAAUAAGCC